AUGGCGUUCAAGGCCUCUUCUCAGAAGGGCAGUGACGAUGCAGUCCGGUUUUCAAAGAACAAGAAUUGGAAGGCAACAUUGAAGCAUGUAAGUCAAGAUGCUGGGGCUUGGGGAGGUUCAGCCUGCCUACUCUUCUCAGGAUUGCCAGCUUUCCCAGAGCCUUGCCGUCACCCACACCUUCCCCCCGGUGAUGUGGCAUACGGCCAGCCAAGGUCAGAAGGACCCCAGUGGGAAAUGUCUUCCACAUCCUUGCCUAAGGCUCUCAAAGUAAAUUGGCUCAACCGAGUGAGCAGGCUACGAGUCACGAUUACUUUGCAUAACGCAGGCAUGUCGGACUCUGAGAGCGAGCGCCCAUUACCGGCACCGAAAACGACUGGCGUGGAACAGCAGCCCUUCUGGAAGGUGUACGAUGUUCCUGGAGAGAACAGCGAUGUAUCUCAGAGCUACAUGAAGCGUGGCCACGAAGAGACGGGUGUGAAGCCUGAAAUAUUUCAACCCAGAGAUGAUGAGAUCAGCAACUGGUUAGAGGCGCCGAACUCGAAAUGCUACGCUUCCUUUGGGGAUGACGGAGUUACGGCUACCGUCAAUGCGUACGGCGAUCUGAUGCAAUUCAGCUGCUCUUUGGGUGUUGGCUGUUCUGGUGUAUUCUCCGCAGAUCAUCGCUACAUGGACGAGCCAUAUUGGGUGGACGACAGAGCAAGGCAACUUCAUGACAUGAGGCAAGACCUACGUCGAGAGUUCACCUCGUACGGCUUGCGAAUUCCUAGCAUCGAUCUUGAGAGAUCCCGUCUUCUAGGUUAUGUUCAUGACAGAUGGCCGCGAUAUAGGGCUGAGGAUAAAACGUCAAGACUCAACCUUACCACGCAGUGGAUGGUUUAUGAGCAAACACUCUUGCAGCAAUGCAUCAUCACCAAUAUUGGGACACACGAUACAAAUGUCCCAGUUGAGUUUGCGAAGCGCAUGCACCUUCGAUACUUGAAUUAUCUGGAAAUUUCCAAAACAGUACUGGGGUUCCAGAAUCAGAUACUGGGCCCAAAUCAUUACGGGUGGGUUUUGGUUCAUCCUCUGGAAGAACCAGAUCAGCAUGAUGCAGAUUCUGUGACCACAUACUCAACUUCACCACUGGUCGACCAGGCCCAAACGGACCCCGCGAAUCUAGUCGAAACGCCAGAAAAUCUGCAAAGUCCAUCAGCUGAGAUUUCAAAUGCUAUCGCAGUCGUUGUAUCUGUGUUCAAAGACGGACAAGCAGUCAAGUGGAGGCCCGACAGCCUUGAUGACGUGGACAAUACUGAUAUACUGAAUCUGGCUUUAGAGGAGAAGACCGCAACAGAGAUCGUCAUUGCCUACAAGAUGAUUCAUCUAACUAAGACUUGUAAGACAUGGGAAAAUCUUCUCAUUCCACCAGCCUGGGCGGAUGUCAGCAAGCAUCUUGAAUCAGCUUCGUUCACGGCCUUCCACCCUUCAGAUUACGGCAAGCCCGUCGAAAAAACUCAAGACGAGAAGUCUCAAGGAAUCUUUUCUCGCUGGAUGCGAUUUACUUCAUCGUCCAACGAUACGCAGCCAUAUGCACUGCCAAUAGACGACCCAGUGAGUCCACAUGGACUGCCGACCAAGAGUCCAGUGAAUCACAUUGACUUUGUCACCCGUCGGAACCUGGAGCACAUUUUGUCGACGUGUGCUCUUCCUACUGGGAAAUAUUCAGUUGAGGGAGAACAAGGGGCAGUUGCUUUGACAUGUGGCGAUAUAUCGGGGCAUCGUGUGAUUUCUUCAGCAAGUUUCUUUGCAUUCUUGUUUCUUCUUGAAAUAGUAAAGCAUUUGAAGGCGAUCGAGACACUCCGUCCCGAUCAUCCUUACAAGCCGUUGCGGCGAAGAAUCGACUCGGUCUGCCGUGGCCACUUGAAGUGGCUUUUGAAAGUUGAUCUCACGGAAGAAAGUAUCUUUGCAGCGAACUACUGGGUAACAGGCCGAAUUAUGCCCUCCGACACGGGCUUCGGUUCAUUUAUGCCAAGCAACUCUUUCACCGACACACCUUUCCAGCUCAUGAAGGUGGCCGCGUUCUCUAGCCUCUACAACACCAAAGUCGACAGGGAGCUGGCACGACAGGUCAUCCAGAGGGUUGACAAAUAUUGGAUCGAUACAUUGCAAAAGUCUGACAAACGUACUUCCCAUGUUUGGCCUCGUGCACAAGAUGAGGGGUGCAAUAAAUAUAGACUUAAUGAACACGUCUGGAUCUGGAGAGCGCUGACAGCAAUCGAAGAGAACCGACGGAGAUCUCUCGAUACGAAGAACCCUCCCAGCGAUGGCGUGGAGGCGCAUGUUCAGGCUUCUAAGAAUGUCAAAGAGGACCAGGAAGGCAAUGACAAGGGUCGGCGAGAUCAAGCUGCCAGUGAUGAAGAGAAGCUUUUCAGACAAUUUGGCUCCGACAUUGUUCACCGAGACAUCCUGCGGCGUUUCACAGUCGAGAACGACGUGUCGAAGAAACGCAUGCUAGCUACAACACGGUCUUCCAGAGAGACACGCUUCUUGUUUCAUGCCAGUGAUACUGCACUAUUCUACGGCAUUGAGUGGGACUUCUUCUUGCCGGCACUGAUCGACGAGGUGUGGGACAACACGAUAGAGGCCCAGUUGCAUCAUAACGAAAAUUCGGAGACCGGAUGGGAUAACUCGAUUCGUUACGCACUGGCAAUCAUGAUGGGAAUCAGGAAUAUGCGCCUCAAUAAAAGGUCAUCAAAAGACCUGGUCAAAAGUGCUUUCGAUGUUCUGUUUCGGACCACGAGUCCAAAUGGACUCUUUUAUGGGCAGCUUGACGCAACAACCAAAGAGCCAGUGCUGUUUGUCGGCGAAGCGGAUCGAGACUUUUAUUUCCAUGCUAGUUUCGAAAUUCCCUACAUUCUUCUGACGCAUUGCUGGGGAAUUAAUUCUAUACUGGAAGACAGUUCCGAGGACAACCUCGAGUCACCGCCACCUUUCAUAGCAACGCAAACAUCACGACAGCACCCAUUCAACGAGGUCGCAGAGAUUAUAACACAGCAGCCAAAGCGGCAAGAGCAUAGAUCACCUGCAAUCCAAUUACCUGCUGCCGAGACAGCUGAAGACCAGAGCCCUUCCCCUGACGUCUACUUGGGAGUCAAGCCCAAAAAGCCAAAGGCAACAGCCAUGAAAAAGAGCAUUCCUUUCAACAGCCUCAUUGACCAGAGCAGUAUUGUUGAUCUGGAGGAUGAGUGGCUCUACAACUACCCAAAUUUUCUGAGCGGUAGUGAACAAACUCUCGUUGACUUCCAUAAGGAGGCGGAAGCAUUGUCAAAACCGACAGGAAGCUCUCAUUCGGGCACUGUGAUUACCAAAGCGGCCAAGGACUACAUCGAAGAUCUUCCAGUUGACUUCGAUCCAGGCGAAAGCAGGAGCUAUUUCAAGUCCUUGGGGCGGGGGACAUGGGUCGUGAAUGUUCGGAAGCGCAAGAAUCUCAGCAAGCAGGAGAGGGCAAAGAGCGACGAAGAAGGGAGAUCUCUGACCAACAUUGGGCUUUGGGUCAACCUGUCGCAGACCAGAACAGCUGAGACAGCGAAAAAGAGGUUCAUUUGGCUGCCACACGCAGACGCCGAGACUGCUCUCAUUUGCUACAUUAGUAGUCCACAAGACGAGCGACCAGCCAUAUCGGAUUUCUUUGACAGUCAUUUUCACUACGAGAAUAAAUUUCUCGAAGAAACAACAAUGGUACUAAAUACCUGGAAGAGUGAACUUCACCUGAGCUUCUAUCUCCUGGAGCAAAAGAGUGAGAGGACACUUCCCGGAAUCCCCUCGUUGAGCUAUAAAGAAUUGCCAGGAAACUCAGACUGGAGGCUGGCACGAGCCUCCAUGGGAUUCCGCUUCUCUGGUGACUUCUUCGACCGGUAUUGGACCUGUCACCUGAUCGAGUACACCCAUAGCCGAAGUGGUCUGACGUGGAAAGGGCACCGACCGUGGGGCAGGCAAGGUUGGCAGCAAAGAAAAGUGCUUGAGCUACAUCUUUUCGACGGCAUUCUGAAGGAGAUUAUCAAGAGCAGUGCAGAAAUCUUCGACACAGUGAAACAAGAGAUAGGCGACAAACGCGGCGUUAUUUCGUUCUCGGCUCUAAACAGUGUCGAUUAUCUUUCAUCGAGUACAAAGUGGCAAUUUUACCAGCAGAUCCUUCAGGUCGUGGAACAAGAGCUCUCGAAUGUGCUGUCAACUGUCGCUAAAUGGGAGACGCGCGAGAAGGACAGAGGUCACGAGCGACCUCGCUGGACACGCAACGACGAGCGCAAGUACCGUGGCUCCAUUGGAAAGAUGCAAGGGUCGACAGCCCGCCGCAUCAGGGAUUUGCAAAAACACCGGAACGACGUACGGUCAUUGAAAGAACAGCUGAAAAGCGAACAGCAGCAGAGCCGCGACAACAUCUCAGUAAUUGACGCAGAAAAUGUCCGGCUCUUUACGUACGUGACCGUGGUGUUCUUGCCACUCGGGUUUGCGGCCAGCAUAUUCAGCAUGAGCGAGGAACCGCCAAGCAGCGUUCUCAAGCCUAUGAUUGUUUGUUCUGCUGUUGCGCUCGCCCUCACAUUCGUGGCGCUGGGGAACGCGAAAAAAGUGUCGACGGCGAUAAGUAAGUACUCUCACGACAAGAUCUACAGCAACAAGUUGAGCUCUGGACGUGAGGUCCGGGGCGAUGACGGGCGCGUGUUCCCUACACGUCAACAGGAAGAUGCCGAGAUCGGUAGCACGUCUGAAGAUGACGAUACAACUCCAGAGUCUGAAACGAUCCAUCAAGAGAACCAUAACACCAGCUUCUCAAGGCACUUCUGGUUUUGGAUUGAAUAUGUUUUCAUCAAUCUUCCCGCUCGAAGAGUCUCGGUGGCAUAUUUAGAUUUGAUUGCCGAGAACCCCAGCCACUGCAGGUAUUUUCAUGUGCCCGUGGGAAUCAUCGUGUUGCCUAUGCUUCUUUUCGCACGUCUACUUCAAUUUCUUCUUCUUACUGUCAUGGAUCUGGGUCAGCUUGCUUGGGGUAAGUCUCUUCGAACUGAACCUAAGCCCCUACUUUUCGAAAGAUUGAUCUCAAUACUGACUGGGCCUAUCGAAGGAUGCAUCUCGCUUUUCUUCACAUCAGACAGGCGGGAUGAGUACAGUGACUUGGGGGACCGGAUGAACUGGCUGACGAACCCCACUUACAUAUAUCGUCCACUUGAGAAUAGAGUCAAGAAUGUGAACGAACGUCUAGCUGACCAACGGAUUGAGAAAGAGCGACCCCCCAUAGAAGACGAAUUCAGUGACGAGGAAACAUGA